AUAUGCAUGGCAGCCUGGAGGCGAACCUGCCGCGGCGCAAGUAUGGAAGCACAGCCCCUCCCUACCGACACUUGAAGCUUGCCAUUGCAUUUCCCUCUAUUCCCUUUAUCACGGCGCGGCUCCCGUGAAAUCUACCCGUCAAGUACGUGGAUCAGGUGCCAAAGUGCGGUCGCUGGGUCCUGGAGGACAAACCAUGGCAAAUCCAAUCGCGGUCAACGAGAAGGGCCUUACAGUGCUGUAUGAAGGCCCGAAUCCAACGAUUGACAUAGUAUUUGUACAUGGAUUCACAGGCCAUCCCGAGGAUACAUGGAAAUUGAAAGGAGCAAAGACCAAAAGACAUGCGCCAGAUGAUGGGUUCACCGAUUCAACCCGACGCUCCAAGAUAUCGAGAGUGUUCUCCAGGCAAGGCCGCUCAACUCCUGCUCUCUCGCCCGCACAAUCCAGCUCGACACCAACCAUCGACGAGGCACAUGGCGGAAGUUUCGCGGAAUUCAAAGGUCACCGGGCCAAAGAUGUCUUUUGGCCGGCGGACCUCGCCCCGAAGUCGAUCCCUGACUCCCGCAUUCUUACAUACGGAUACGACACGAGAAUCCGGCAUUGGGCCCAGGGACAGGUGAGUCGGAAGAGUGUGUAUGAUCAUGCCUGGGAUCUCCUAUGCUCCCUUGAGGCGUUUCGGCGGGGUUCAAGCUAGACAACACGGCCUAUCCUGUUUGUUGCCCACAGCUUGGGCGGCAUAGUCGUGAAGGAGGCCCUGCGGAGGUCAAGAGGCUGCGAAUCUAUCCAGUCUCAUCUUCAUCUCAUCUUCGAAGCCACAAGAGGCAUUCUGUUCUUCGGCACACCCCACGGGGGCGCGGAUCCGAGAAGUUUCGUCCAUCACGUCCUUUCCGUAUCGGCU